AUGCCUCCCUUCAAGGAAAAAUGCAAGCCUAAACGCAAUACCCAUUAUGUGAAUGGCAUUGGCGCUCAGACCACUGAGGCUAAGUACAUCGAACCAGAGUCAGAGAGCUUGUCCAGUCAGGGGACUGUUGUUGAGAAUGUUGACGCUGCUGCUCCUGAAAGUUGCGAUGACCUCGAGUUUCACGGUAGUACGAACGCAUUUCCGGCCGAGUCAUCCGGAAAGAUGAUGACCAUCUUCGCGUGGACAUCAUUGGUAUGCCUGGACUCCCUCGAUCUGGUGGAUGUCAUUCCAGAGCCUGACGAGAAGUCUGGACUGGUGGAGGGACUUUUCAUGCAUAAUGGCUACCUAGUACCUGUGUUCGUGCCUUCGCAAUAUGCCGAGCAGCGGAAACAUCAUGUUACACAUCGUUCCAAAGCCCGGCAGGUCGAGACACGCCUCAAGGAAACGGCUAGAGAUCGCUGCCCUCGGAUCCAACCUCCGCUGGUACCCGGCACAGGAUGUCUAUCCUUACCACCUAGUCCAACAACUACGACCACGCCCACAGAAGCGACAGAUACUGCAUACUCCAGCAAAGUGAUAAACUGUGGAAAUUUAAAGGCCUUCGCUGCCUGGGCACGAGCAUCGCCAUAA